CCCCGUCUCUCCCCGUAACCAUGGCGUUCUGGGGCCUUGAGAUCCUGCCCGGCAAGCCGAUGCCGCUCAACCUGACACGACGCCUCGUCGUCAAGCAGGCCGCGCUUGUCGUUUCCAAGCCCGCCAAGAAGACCGAGCCGUGCGUACUCUCGGUGUCGGUCGCGGAGGACGAGCAGCGCUACGUUGUCUGCCGGCUGCACGAGGGCGUGCUCGAGCAGUGCCCGAUGGAGCUUCCCUUCUCGCCAGGCGACGAGGCGCAGGUCCACCUCAGCGGCGGCCACGCGGUGCACCUCACCGGCUUCCUCGAGCUGGACGACGAGGACGACAUGGAGGACAUGGACGGCGAGCUCGACGAGCUCGACGAGGAGAGCUCCGACGAGGCGCUCUCCAAGUUCGGCCCCGAGACGCCGAGCCGGUGGAAGAAGGUGGCCGAGGAGGUGAUGACGUCGACAUCGGUCAUCUGGCUACCGCGAAAGCGACCCAACUUGUCGACCGAUGCGAUCGUCCGAUGA